ACACAACGUUGGUAGGGACGUGGUGCGUCGGAAGGUCGGCCGCCGAACGGCCCGAAGAGACACAGUGACGCAUUGUUUGAGCCUACCUGAGUCAAACAACUCAUGUAAUUAUCCAAGCGGAACAGAUAUAUUGAUUAAAGUAGUACCUGGAGCUGUCGUCGUCGCCAGCAAGACCGUCACUGAGAAAUUAAGCAACCACCAAACCACCUAGACACACCAAAAGUCAUCCCAAUGUGCGGCAUUACCGCUUGCAUAACCCUCGACCGGCGCCAGCCGCGCACCAGCGGCCCGGCCGCAGCCCAGGCCCGCGCCGCGCUCGAGACCCAGCUCAGCAAGAGCCUCGACCUAAUCGCCCACCGCGGCCCGGACGCCAAGGGCAUCUGGAUCAACGACGACGCGACCGUCGGUAGGCUGUCCCUUUCCCUCUCCACAACACCCCCCCUCCCCCUCCUCCCCUCCCCCCCACCCCCGCGGCCUCUCAACCCCUAUUGACAUCCCCCGGGCCUGGCACACAACCGGCUCUCGAUCAACGACCUGUCCGCGUCGGGCACGCAGCCGCACCACUCGCCGUGCGGGCGCGUGCACUGCGUGGUCAACGGCGAGAUCUACGACGACGCGGCCGACAGCCUGCGGCGGGAGCUCGAGGCGGCGCCGCACGGCUACGUGUUCGCCUCGCGCGCCGACACCGAGCUGGUCGUCGCGCUGUACCUUGCGCACGGCGCGCCGCGGUUCCUGGACCGCCUGCGCGGCGAGUUCGCG